AUGCUGUCUUUCCACUUCAAAUCCCGGACAUAUAUCAGCAACCGCACCGCCGACGACCAGAACAACGACCGGACCGUGCCGCGGCAGGCCCUACUCGCCCCACAGGCCACCCAGGGGACAGCGGCGAUGUCGGGCGACGAGGCCAGUCUGGGCCGAAGGAGUCCCAGCGGUGGCGGCGAUGGGAACCUCGGCGGCGGCAGCAGGAGACUCGGCGGCGACAGCAGUAGACUCGGCGGCGGCUGCGGGUGCCUCGACGGCAGUGGGAGGUUCGGCGUUGGCAUCGGUUGCCUCAUUGGCAUCGGAAGCCUUGGCGGCGGCGGGAGCCUUGGCGGCGGCGGAAUCCUCAGCGGCAACGUGGGCCUCGGCGGUAACGGGAGCCUCGGUGGCGGUGGGGACUCGCGGUCGAUAAGCAUGAGGGGGGUGGGGGAGGGGAAGACAAUGGGGAUCCGACCUGGGGAACCGCAGUGA